GAUUGGAAAGUGUACGGAAGGGAGGUCGAGGAUUACGACAUCUUGAAACCUGCACAAUUAAGGGAAAACUCCAAAACAAGCAACAUGGCGGACCCGAGCAACGAGCCCGCAUCGUCGAGCGGCGUCGCGGAGCAGGUAGCCGCCGUUGUCGCGGCCCCGCUGCGCGAGGAACACGACAAGCCCGAGGACUUCCACGAGCCUGACAAGAAGCGGCGCAGGACAAUUCGCGCCGAGGACGCCGCAAAAACGGAGCAGAAGCUGGAGCACCGUCUGGGCGGCAUCCUCUGCUGCGCAGUAUGCCUCGAUUUGCCUCGCGCGGCCGUCUAUCAGUGUGCUAAUGGACACUUGAUGUGUGCUGGUUGCUUCACUCAUGUCCUCGCAGAUGCCAGGCUUCGGGACGAGAUGGCAACAUGUCCCAACUGCAGAAUCGAAAUCAGCAAAACCACCGCGUCACGAAAUCUGGCAGUAGAAAAAGCCGUGUCUGAGUUACCAGCUGAAUGUCAAUAUUGCGCGAAGGAGUUCCCACGAAAUUCCUUAGAACACCAUGAGGAGGCUAUGUGCGAGGAAAGGAUAUCUAGUUGCAAAUAUAGUAGAAUCGGUUGUCCGUGGCGAGGCCCGAAUCACGAGAUUCCGGAACAUGAAAGUCACUGCGUUCAUCCUCAUCGUACGGGUGCGGACGUGAUGGAGGCUUUGCGUGAGAUCGAUGCUCGUACCUUAGAAGAACGUAGGCUCUAUGACAAUGUCUUUGAUCUUUUGUCCUACGAGAAAAUCACGUUUAACGAUUUACAGAUGAAGCCAUAUCGCACUGAUGAAUUUAUUCAUAAAUUAUUUUAUGAAACCUCUCGAUUUGGCGCUUUCAACAAUCAGUGGGUAGUAAAAGCCAGAAUCAACAGUAAUCAACGCGAUCCUACUCAAAGUUCAGAGCGAGACAUAACUUACCAACUGAUACUAAAGACAAAAACUACUUAUCCGCUACCAGUUUAUUACUUGAUCUUGAAAGGCCCGUUUGGCGAUAUGAAGGUUCAUCCGAGAAUUCACAGAUUCGAAUUUACCGAGCAAGAAAACGAGAGUCCGUAUUUUACGUUACCGCUACCGGACACGGCGGAGUGUAAUAGACUUCUUGCAGCUAAAGCCAUCAGUUUUAGACUAAUAAUGUUCCUGGCGUCUAAGUAGCUUACAACGAUGUAUCUAUUGUCAAGAUUUUGUCACAAAUGGAUUCGAUCGACGAGAUCUUCUAGACGUAAUGACAAAUAACAAUUAUAGAGAUCACAGAGAUUUAUAAUCGUUUACAGUAGCGAGAGGGAGAGAUAUUGAUCAUGGUAAUGAUAAUGAUGAUGAAAAGAGAAGAAAAUGCUAAUAUCACUGUAAUGUUUAAAAAUACAUGUUGAGUAUGUUGACGAAGAUAAAUAUAUAUAAAAUUAAUACAAUGUGACAUACAUAAAAAGCACGGUAAUACAUAUAAGUAUUUGAGAAAUUAGGUUGAAUUGCUUUAUAUUUCCCUUUUACAUCAAACUUUUACAUUAAAAAAAAAGAACAAACUAAAGAUUAGAGAGUAGUUUAUGUAGAUUAUUCUUAGAUGAUAAAUUAUUGUAAUAUUGUACGUACCAAUUGUGCAAUGUGCUUAUACCCCGAGGUUAAAAGCUAAAUGAUCAGUAUCUUAGAUAAUUAAUUUAAUAUACAUACCCCUGUCCAUGAAGAGCCUAUUGUUUUUCUUUUAUU